GGUCACACACAUGCAGAUGAUACUAUUUGUGUUAAUAUACACCAGAGGAGGUUCUGGCGUUGUGAGAGUCAGCCCGUCAUUUUCAGCCAGUCUGCUGUGAAAUGGAAGUUCUGCUGAUGGCGGUCGUUUUCCAUGCUUUAUGCUUGCAUCAAGGUAUUUACUCAAAAGAAAAUAUGACUGUUGCCAGCAAAAGUAAAGAGCACGUGGAGAAACAGAGCCCUGAAGGCGGACCACAUACACCCAGCUUCUUUGAGAACUGCUCUAGACCUCUUUUAGCUCUUUCUCAUGGAAGGUGGGUAAAUGUAACCCUGACACCGCGGAGUAACGAGACAAAGAAAGACAUGUCCCAGCUCUGCAAUGGCCUCGGUUGUAGGGGAGACUUUGCUGCAAAUGGUACAGCUUUCAGGAAUAUCUGUCUGUCCGAUUGCACCAAAAUAAACUCCAGCCUGUACAACUGCACUGACACUGCACCUGGCAGCUGCUCCAAUGUUACACAGUUAGUCUGUGCUGAUCAGGCUGUGCGGUUGAUUGGAAGCAAUAGCAGAUGUGCCGGUCGGGUGGAGCUCUUCGGCCAUGGAGGCUGGGGCUCAGUGUGUGGUGAUGGAUGGAACAAAAAAGGAGGACAUGUGGUAUGUGCCCAGCUGGGCUGUGGCACUGCUUUACUUGCAGUGAGCAAGACUGGUAUGUUCGACCUAGGCUUUGGUCCUAUUUACCUCAGCAAAGUAAACUGCAGCGGCACAGAGAAAAAUCUCUGGCAGUGCCUCAAUGAGCCAGACGAAGGUCGAAACUUCUGUGGACACAAAGAGGAUGCUGAAGUGGUGUGCUCAGAAAGUGCCGGCAUACUGACCACAACAAUGAACACACUCAUGCCAAAUUUCACAAACGGGACAACAGAGACUGUAACAGAGAUAGCUGCUGAGGACAGCAGAAGUGGGAUUUCACCACCAGUCCUAGGUUGCAUUGUUCUCUCUAUCGCGCUGCUCUUACUGCUGCUUUCAAAUGCUGCUCAGUGUGCAUACUACAAAAUACAAAACGGAGGAACUGAAGCCAGGAGAGCAUCACAGGCUUUGCAACGAGACAAUUCUGACACUUCAAGUGACUCUGAUGACGAACGUUACCACAACCCCGAACCCCCACCAUCUACUGCUGUGAACAACUCUUAUGGCCAUGAUUCAGACAGCACAUCCUCAGGGGAGUGUUAUGAAAGAAUAAUUGAAAUGGACAACCUUUUGAAUCCAGCUGUUAACCAGUUUCAUCCUGGGCAGUGCAUACAAACAACACAGUUGCAAAAUAUCAGUAAACCAGCUAAAACAGAGGACUCAUUUGAUUCAGACAGCACAUCUUCAGGAGAAUGCUAUGAAAACACAGAAGUGAAUGUUGAACCUAGUCUCCAGACACGGGAGGGCGACCAGUUACUUUCUGAGCAGCCAGCCCUGAGCCAACCCAAUCCUCAGAUGGCGGAAAACAGCAGUGUUUCCCAGCCAUACUCUCCUGAUCAAGAUGUUACCCAGUUUGCUCCUGAGCACUGUAUACAGAUGACACCUGUCCACAAUGACCAUAAACCAGCCCAAAUAGACUCAGCAGACUCAUUUGAUUCAGACAGCACAUCCUCUGGGGAAUGCUACGAAAACAUAGAAAUGAACCCUGAACUUUGUCUUCAGCCAUUGGAGGGAGAUCCAUCACUUCCUGAGCAGCCCCCCUUGAGUCAACCCAAACCACAGAUGGCAGGAAACAGCAGUGUUUCCCAGCCAUACUCUCCUCAUCAAGAUGACGACAGCACAUCAUCUGACGACGCUUAUGAAAAUGUUGCAGAAAUAGAGGAGACUGGAUCUUCUGACAAUGACUAUGAUGAUGUUGCUAACUGGUGAAUGCUGAAGCUGCUGCUCUGAUAAAAAUUGUUCUUCAAGGAAUGUGUGCUACAAUAUUUAUUUGCCAUUUAGAUGUAAUAAUUUAAAAUAAAUCUUUUCAAAUUUUA